CCUUGUGACAUUUGAAAACGGAUUUCGCGGUUUGUUAACAAGUUUUGUUUAUUUAGAAAACUUUAAAAUGUCCAAUGAAAAGCUCAAUAGGUUCCUCAAAGCAUUGGAUGCUGUCCAAAGUGACUACACCUGCGGAGUUUGUUCAGAACUAUGCAAGAGACCUAUUACUUUGAGUACGUGUUUUCAUAUUAUAUGUGCGGUACACUUCGAAAAUUUACACAGAUGUCCCACAUGCGAUAUACCGAUUACGGGAUGCACAACAUUUACAGAUGACCGUUUAGAGAGUUGUAUAGAAUCAGCAAGAGAGUUGGGAAACAUAUUUGAGAGUUUCCGAGUGAAAUCCGCCUUACAAGUAUCGAAUGCGGGGAGUUCUAACGGUACGAACAAGAAGCGAGUUAAAAAGGCUGUAGGAGCGAGUGAUAAAGAAAACAAAAGUAACUCUAAGACCUCUCAUAUAUAUACACCUGAGAAAUCAGCGAAGUCGAAGAAACAAGAGAGCAAAGGUGAUAAUGUGAACACUACAUUACUGUCCACAGCGAGUUCGAAAAUAAAUACGGGCAUUGAAAAAAGAAAUAACAAGGGAGAGACGGCUUUACAUGUAGCUUGCCGUCUGGGGAAGGUUGAAUCUGCUAUAGACUUAUUAAAACAAGGCGCCAACCCAAAUACUAAGGACAACGCAGGAUGGACUCCUUUACAUGAAGCCGUUCAAAAUGGCCGUCUCGAUAUAGUUAGUGCUUUAUUACAGUAUAACACUCUGAUUGAUGUACCAGGCCAAGGAAACGAGACUCCGUUACACGAAGCGGUGAGAUAUAAUCACAGAGAAAUAGCCGAAGAGUUGGUAAAGCAUGGUGCAGAUGUCAAUUCUAGGAACUGUAAAGGGGAAACUCCAUUGAAUCUAGCAAGCAAUGAUAUGAAGAAGAUUUUAGAAGAUGCCUCAGAAAAUGUGAUACAAACGCAGGGCGUCAAUAUCAGUUACUUAUCAGACUUGUAUACGGAAUUGGACUCCGAAGAUAUUCAGGUCUUCUGCGUCUCUCAAUUCCGUACAGUUCACAAUAAACUGAAAUCCCUAUCGAAACAUCAUUCUAAUUUGCAUGUUGAGGCGAAAUUUUCAAAAAAAGUUACUCACCUUUUGGUCGAUGAGGAUGACGGUGUCUGUAACUCAAGCUUGGAUGUACUUCAGGGGAUUGUGAGUUCCGUAUGGAUAAUAUCAGCCCAAUGGAUACUCAAGUCUACAGAAGAGAAAUUGAUGCCGUUCAAAAGUUAUGAAGUCAUUGGGGUCGGUAACAAAUCAUAUAACGGUCCGAGAAACUCUAGAUACAACAAAUACAAGCAACUGCCCGGUAUUUUCAACGGCUGCCACAUUUACUUGCACAACUUCAACACAAAGUAUGAGAUAUCCAAGACUAUUGUACUAACAAAGGCCAUUUUAACGAAAUUAAUCAUGGAUGCUGGUGGUGUAGUUCUGAGGAGAGUUCCGAAUCCAGAAUUGAUUCCUGAUGAAGAGAAGGUGGUUCCGUAUCACGCUAAGAAGGGCGGAAAGUUGGUUGAAUGCUCUCAUUUCAUUAUAUUUAAGAACAUGUACGAGCCGAUGUAUAAUAUGUCACAUUUCAAAGCCCUGCCCAUCGGCUGGCUCAUAGAGUGUAUAGAAAAAUAUGAAUUAUGUGAGCCCUGGUGACUCCAUUAUUCCUGGAAUGCUGGAAGAGGAAAAUAUUCCUGGAAUAUUACACAUAAAAUCACCAUAGAAUAAAUAAAAUCAAAACUAUCGGUAUUCAGUCUAACAGCAAACUGAUACUAAGGAUACACUUGUACGAACAUGACAGAAACAUCAGCUCUAUACAUUAUAAGUCUUGAGGUAUAGUUUUUUAAAAUAUCUUAUAUAAUUAACAAUAAAUAAUUCUAGUAUUUAACUGACCAUAGAGAUCAUAGAGUCGGCUCUAUGCCAACCAGUCUGUCUCCAUUCUACUCGACAUGAGAAAUAUUCAAGAAUGCAGGUUUUCAAUAUCAUAUACAUAACUAGGGAGUUCUCUUACAAAGAGGCCGCAUUUAGUUAUUAAAAAAAAAAUAUUUGAACAUUUUUUUAUUCUACAUCAAAUCAAACAGCCAAUCUAGAUACCAUCUUAUUUCUAUUGUAAUUAAUUUUGUAUGAAAAUGUGAGGUCAAAAAAAAAAGGUGCUUUAUAAUAAAUAGAGGAUAUUAUGCAUUAUAGACAUUUAUUUACGGAUAGAAAUCUUAUAAAAAUAUAACGUCUUAUCUACAAACAGAUUUCACAGACUAUACAGGGUCCGCGUCGGAAAAAAGGUUUCAUAACGAUUAUUUAAAAAAAAUACCUAUGUAACAUUAUAUUAUGUUCCAAUAUAUAUUAUUGCUAAUAAAUUAUCUUAUACCUAUAUCAGCUGCUGUAUAAGGAUUUAUAUAUAUAUAUAUAUAUUAAUCAAUACUUUUGAUGGGUCAUUAAAUUGAGCUACCGGCUUUACUACGGGUCUGCAUCACACCAAACUUAUAGUUUCGAGUUUUUAAUUCAUGUUAUCAAUUUUAAGUAAUGAAUGAAAAGUGGACCUUACUUCAUAUAGUUAUUAUUAUUUAAAAAUCAAAUUUAUCGUGAGUUAUGCUUAGAUUAAAGUUCCAGGUG